UAACCUGAGUGAGUGAAGUGAAGUGUUAUGAGUUAGUUAUUCAGGAGCAAAUGUUAAUGGAUUCGUGUUGGCCUUGUCCCUUUUUAAACACCUUCGUCCCUCACCUCUAAUCUUUGUUCCAUUGAUCACCACUACUCUCUCUCUCCUCUCUCUCUCUCUAUAUAUACAUACAUAUAUAUAUCUAUACUCGCACACUCGAUUGUGCGAAUUUAUCCUACAAUGUUGCUUAGACAUAUUGCUCUCUGCUUAUUGCUCAUUUUCAUACAUUCUAUUUCCACCAAUGUCGUUUCGAGAUUGGAUGAUGAAAACAAGUUACAAAGCUUAACAACCAACUCAACAACCGCGGAUAGGAGAAUUGAAGAUAUUGCAAAUGAAAGGAAUGAAAGAGCAGUUGAUGAGGAUCCAGAGAGGGUUGAUUCAGUGGUUGCCAUGAGCAUUCGAAACAGCACAGAAAGGAGGAAACUAGGAUUUUUAUCAUGUGGGACCGGAAACCCAAUCGACGAUUGCUGGCGCUGCGACAGGAACUGGCAGCGCCACCGCAAGCGUCUGGCAGAUUGCGCCAUUGGAUUUGGGCGCAACGCCAUAGGAGGCCGUGACGGACGUUACUACGUCGUCACCGACCCUAAACACGAUGACCCGGUUAACCCCCGACCCGGAACCCUACGACACGCGGUCAUUCAAGACCGGCCCCUAUGGAUCAUAUUCAAAAGAGACAUGGUCAUAACCUUAAAACAAGAACUAUUAAUGAACAGUUUCAAAACAAUUGAUGCUCGUGGAGUCAAUGUCCACAUUGCAAAUGGUGGGUGCAUCACAAUCCAAUACAUUACAAAUGUUAUUAUUCAUGGGUUGCAUAUUCAUGACUGCAAACCGACCGGUAACGCCAUGGUUCGAAGCUCACCGUCUCAUUACGGAUGGAGAACGAUGGCGGACGGUGAUGCCAUUUCGAUAUUUGGAUCGAGUCAUAUUUGGGUCGAUCAUAACUCGCUUUCGAAUUGUGCUGAUGGGCUUGUUGAUGCCAUUAUGGGGUCAACUGCUAUUACCAUUUCUAACAACUACUUCACCCACCACAAUGAGGUUAUGUUAUUGGGUCAUAGCGACACCUACGAUAGGGACAAGGGUAUGCAAGUGACCAUAGCAUAUAACCAUUUCGGCGAAGGUCUUGUACAAAGAAUGCCAAGGUGUAGACACGGGCAUUUCCACGUGGUAAAUAACGACUACACGCACUGGGAAAUGUACGCUAUCGGUGGCAGUGCGGAUCCCACGAUUAACAGCCAAGGAAACCGAUACCUUGCCCCAAAUAACCCCAAUGCCAAAGAGGUGACUCAUAGAGUAAUAACAGCAGGAAGAUGGAGACAUUGGAAUUGGAGAUCAGAAGGUGACUUAAUGUUAAAUGGUGCAUACUUUACGCCAUCUGGUAAAGGUGCAGCGGCUAGUUAUGCGCGUGCAUCGAGCCUAAGUGCUAAACCAUCGUCGUUUGUGGGCUCGCUUACUUCAGGAUCCGGUGCACUCGUGUGUCGAAGAGGCAGACAGUGUUAAAUAAAUAAAAAAUAGUAAUUUAAUCUCUCAUCAUUUUGAGGAAUCCAGUUUUCCAAACGAUUCGCUUUGGUUUUGUUAUGUCUUUGUACCAAAAAAAAAAAAAAAUACUUGAGAAGUGUAUAUUGUUCUCUGUUUCCUUGCAAAAGUUGUAUGUUUUGAGCCCGAUAUGAAAAGAAACACGGGUUCUUAUGGAGGACGGAAAUUUGAGUAUUCUUCUGCUGCUAUGUAAUUACUACUUGCUCAAGUUAAAUAUCGAUUAAUACAUAGUUUGGUUUCCUA